UUUAUGCAACUAGCCAGCCAUAAUGCAAUGUGGCAAUCUCGAAAAGGUGCAGCCUUCGGGUUCUCGUCAAUAAUUUCUCAAGCCGAGGUUGAGUUGAAGCCUUACUUGAAAGAUUUGAUACCCCGAUUGUAUCGAUUUCAGUAUGACCCCAAUCCUAAGGUCAACGAGGCUAUGACGAGUAUCUGGAAAGCAUUGGUGAAAGAACCUAAAAAGAUCAUGGAAGAAUAUUUUGAACAAAUUGUGAAAGAUUUACUUAAGUCUCUUGGUGAUCGAUUAUGGAAAACUCGAGAGGCUAGUGCCAAUGCGUUAACAGACCUUUUGCAAGGUCGAUCUAUUCAGGAACUGGAACCUUUCUUGCAGGACUUGUGGAACAUGUGUUUUAGAGCUUUGGAUGAUAUUAAAGAAAGCGUUCGAAUAGCGGCAUUUAAGACAUGUCGUACGCUGACCAAGGUUACGGUGAAAUACUGCAAUCCUGAAAAUGUGUCUGUAGCCGACGGUCAAAAAUUUAUGAAAGUCGUUUUACCAUUCCUCUUGACCAAAGGUUUGUUUUCAGAUGCUGAGGACGUUCGUAAAUUUUCCUUAAGGACAAUUCUCGAAAUUUGCAAGACCGCCAAAGAAUUGUUGAAACCUCACAUUGCAGAUUUAGUUAGUACCUUAUUAGAAGGACUUUCCAGCAUGGAACCUCAAGUGAUGAAUUAUCUUAGCUUCCACGUGGAAAAAUAUGAGGUCACGCAAGAGCAGCUUGAAAAUACCCGUUUAUCCGCUGCAAAAAUGUCACCUAUGAUGGAAGGCAUUGAAUCCUGUAUUGAUUACAUUGACACCGGAGUGAUGGAGGAGUUAACACCAAAGUUACUCCAACUUGUACGAAAGGGGGUGGGACUGCCGACCAAGGCGGGUUGUGCGCGAUUUCUGGUGACCAUGUCCCUCAAGCAGGCGACCACACUGAGGCCUUUUGCCGACAGUAUUAUGAAAGCUCUGAGUGGAUCCAUUUUAGACAAUUCAUCGGCAGUUC